AUGGGCAUGCAGAAAACCACGGGGCCAAAGUUCGUGGUACAGAUUCUAAAGCGAAAUCUGAGCAACAAGCAGAGAAAUAAACAAGAUGAGUCCGAAAACGACGAUGAUGAUGUUUUCCCGGACGAUGCCCCGUGCCCUGACGUUAGGAAAGAGCAUUUUUGGUGCAGCGAGUGCUGUGGCAAGGAGGAAAAUGGAGUAUGCAACGGGAUCACCGACGAUGGGAAUACCGACCUCUGGAAGGGUUGCGAUUGUGCAGACGACCCAGACUGGUCUCAGCAGCCUCCACCUCAAGUCAGAAAAGACUAUCGCCAUAAUAUCAGGGCCUUAAGGAACAGGCAUAUGCUCCCACGGGAGCCCUCUGAGGAGGAUUACAAUGCCAUUGCAGCUUCGCCAUCUGCAAUUCAUGUCUUGGAACCCCUCAUCCACGAGGGCCGGGACAUAGUACUCUUCAUGCGCUCGUACGGCGGUGUCUACGGCCCUGCGGCAUUGGGGAAUCUCGCAAAGAAAGCAAUGGUACAGCAUUCGCUCGAGGGUGGCGUAGUGGCAGUUAUCUUCGCAGCCGCUUUUGUGGCACCCAAGGGCACCUCGGCUAUGGCCGCUAUGGGAAUCGAUCCCGCCCACAUUCCGGAAUGGAUUUCUCACGACGAGUCUAUAGGAUUGGUGGCAUUUAGAAAGGAUUAUGCCACAGCCAUGCUAUUCCAUGACCUACCCGAGGAAGAAGCGGAGAGACUAGCCUCCCUCUUGCCGAAACAACCAUACGCCUGCUUCUCCACUCCUGUGCAGUGGGAUCCAUACAGGGAUGACUCUUUUCGCGGGUGCUUUGGGUAUAUCUUGACGGAAACGGAUCGCAUACUUGUUCCGGAGCUCCAACGCAUGCGUAUCGACAUUCCUGGAUUCCAGAACACUCAGGCAAGCUGGUGCGGUUCAGGCCCCUCAUCUUCCAUUCCCCAAGGAAGCGUCUCAGCACCAGCAAUGGCCGGGUACAAGAAUUUCGCAGUAGCCGGCACCGGCGAAAUCGGCACGCCAAUCAUCGAGCAGCUCCUUGCCCAAAAAGACUCCGGAACCGUUUCCACGGUAGUAGUGCUAACGCGGCAGAGCGAUCCCGACGAAACACUAAAAGCAAAAGGCGCCAUCUUCCGCACGGUCGACUACGCCAACUCCGAAACACUGGCGGCAGCUCUACGCAACAUCGACGUCGUAAUCGCCGCCGUCACCGUAACUCCCGAAGCCCUGCGGGCGCAAAUUCCGCUCGCGGACGCCGCAAAAGACGCCGGCGUCAAGCUCUUCGUACCCUCAGAGUUCGGGAACCGUACUGAGGGAAAGACGGGCGGGAUGUGGGCGAUCAAGGACGGCGUGAAGAAGCACCUUCUCGACAUCGGACUACCAUGUGCACAGUUCUUCAACGGCGCAUUCGUGGACUGGUUCCUCGUCAACCACCCGGAGCAUGGCGCGUUUGACUGGGCGAACGGCAAGGUGGUCGUGAAGGGGAGCGGGGACACGCCGAUUUCGUGGACUACACAGGCGGAUGUGGCGCGCUAUGUGGUGCAUGCUCUUACGAAGUUUGACGAGGCGCAGCUGCGGAAUGCGACGUUUGCGAUUGAAGGGGAGCGGAAGACGUUGAAUGAAAUUGUGGCGGAGUAUCAGGAGCGUACGGGACGGAAGAUGGAUGUUUCGUAUGAGUCGCGGGAGUUUUUGGAGAAGGCGGUUGCGGGACAUCCGGACGAUUGGGAGAAUGGCAAGAUUAGGCUGUUGUACUUGGUGCUGGAUAGAGGGGAGGCGAUCACCGGGGCGUCGGAGGAGGUGAAUAGGUACUGGCCGGAGUUCAGGCCGACGCGGGUGGUUGAUGCUAUUCUUGCACGGUGGGGCUGAGCUUCUUUUCUCGUCCUCUUUCGUAGACGUAUGCGUCGCGAAUUUGAACGAGUCACCGUCCACCAUCACUCCCAUAUCUUUCCGAUUCCCCUCUCAAAAAAGGCCUCAGAUCCUCCACCAUUACCUCAUGCGCCCGACUCGAAAUAUGCCCAGCAUCAAACCAAAAAUACUCCCUCAACGGCACACACCCAAACCUCUCCGGAUCCAACAAGACCUGCGGAUCCUUCGACCCACAAAAUCCCGUCGUAUUCGUAAUCCCAUACUUCUGCGGGUGAUCCAUAACGCCGUUCAAGAACGAAUUCACGUCAUACAGCAGCGCUGUCGCAUCGUCAUGUUUUCGCGCCCAGGCAUCCUUAUGCGCAGCCAGCGCAGAAUUCCACUGGUUAAUCAUAGUAGCGUUGGGGUUUGGAUUUGACGACUGCUGCGCGGAAGGCGUCCUGUCGAGCGGCGGGAGGUUGACGAAGAGGAAGUGGC